CUCGGCGUUGCCCGUCCGCAGGGCCCGGCCUCCCCAGGUUCCAUUGUUCUCUGAAGAGGGGUAUAAAUAAGCUGGUAGGCAAUACGAUUUGGUUAAUUCCUAUGUUGAUUUGUAGUGAGACGUUGCAGACAAGGAUGAAAGAUGAAGAAGGAGGAACGGUGGGGACUGAUGCAUCAAACUACAGACGUGCUCCUAAAUCAUGGAAUUGUCAGGUGAUGCGUUUUCUACAGAUCUAUCGGAACUGCUCUUUCAGAAAAAUGUUUCACUUGCCUCAAGUGUAUGCAGCAGAAGUGGGAAGGAAAGCUGAGAAGCUGCCUAAAUUUAUCAGCAGUCCCCAGGCCCCAGAAACAGGAUGGGACAGAAUCUGGGAGCUCUUUGAUCGCAAUGAGAUGAAGAGAUAUCCUGAGGAAAUAACCAACCUCUGGAAGAGUGUCAUCGUAGCUGCAUGUGUUGGGAUGUUGUAUGGGGGCAUUCCCGCUGCCAAACAUGCUAAAAUUCGUUACAUCGAACAGAGUCAAGCUGAGGUGUACAAAAAUCGCUUGGAGGCUGUGAGGUCAGCACAAGAUGCUGCAGUCCGGGGCUUCAUCCGUUAUGGGUGGCGAUGGAGCUGGAGAGUCACUGCAUUUGUGGCAAUAUUCAAUACAGUUAGCACAGGUCUGUCUGUGUAUCAUGAUCAGGAUUUGCUGAAGCACUACUCUGCAGCUGGAGCAAUCACAGGAGGAUUAUUCCGGAUGAAUCUUGGACUGGGUGGAUUCUUAGCAGGCACAACCAUUGGUGCACUAAUGGGGGUUCCAGCUGGGGCAUUGAUCCUGGCAACGCAGAAAGUUGGCGGGGAGACCAUCCGGGAAAGGAGACGUAGAGAGCGGCGAGAGAUUUACGAACUUAGGUUGGAAGAAUGGAAAGCCAGACUCCAAGUGACAGAAGGUUUAAUUGAUGAAAUUGCUGGCAAAGAUUCAAUGGAAAAUGAUUUGGAGAAAUUGGAAGAGCUGUUGAACCAGCCCAGAAAUUUAGAGCCAUCGGUUGAUCGAGCAAAUCUGACUAAAUUGGAGAAUUAAGAAGGGAGUUUGCACGGAUUGUACCAACUGCAAAAGACUUCUGAGAAAUUAUUGUAUAUGCCUGAGCCAGUUACGAAAAUUAAAUCCUUGACUGCUACUGAAGGACAGUGCAGCCAAGGUAAAUUCCAGGGCUGGAUUCAUUGGAACUAUGAUACCCGGAAUUUCUGGCUUUCGGUUUCACCAAUGAUUGUGAAUGUACAGGACUAUUUGCAUAUUCAGAAUGUUCAGUGUGAUUGUUUGUAAUAAUCCCUCUGACUGUGACGUUUUGAACAGUUGGAAAAGUAUUUGCAAAUGAUGAAUCUCUAUGAAGUUUGCAUCUUAGUUGCUUUAAUAGUUUUAACCUGUGCCUACUCAGCUCUUGCUGACUUGGAGAGUGGAGUAAAUUUGCAACUAAAUCCUGCUCGGCACUGAUUCAUAGCUGAUUACUCGGCAAGUGAACUUGGCUGAGUGUGGCUGGCAGUUCUCUCCACAAGAAAUCAGCUAACCGUCUCUCAGGGCUACACCUCAACAGAAUGACCAAGAUUAGAAUUUCACUUGAUGAUCCUUCUUGAACAAACACGCUGAAGUCUCCAAUACCACCUGGGUGCUUAUCUCGUAUUUCGAUAAUUGGAGUUUAGUUUUUUGUUAUAUUUUUAGUACAGGUUAACAUCUUGACAUUAAUUCUUGUCUGUGGCAUUUUAAGCAAUGAUUAUGAUUUAAUAUAGCAACAGAGGAGUUUGUACUGUUAAACCAGUGUGCUGAACUAGAGUACAGUGUAAAUAAAACACACAAGUUGGGCCACAGUAGCAUGAAUUUUUAAAACUUGUGUUGAAAACACAUUCUGAUCUUAUAACAAAGUGUUAUCGCUGGACUAGAUAUUGAUAUACAAAUGAUAAAAGCAUUUUCUUGAAAUCAGGUCAGUGAAAAGUAAAUUCUGCUCUACCUACAGAAUGUGGUUUGUGGUUACAAUAAUGUCUUUAAUAUUGUGCCAUAUUGCAGCAAACAAAGUUGUAUGAGGCAGCAGAUUAGGAAAUGGUUUUGAUUAAUAAACCAUUUUUUACA